GCAAGCCUGCAGAUUGAACUCCGAGGACGAGCGGGUUUUAUCGACGUGUCAGGAUGGGGUCAGGACAGGAUUUGGGGCGGACAGCGAGACUACGAGGAACCCUAUGAAUUACAACAACCUGACAGCAGCAGAGCCAGAAUCGAACAACGUUGUGGAGGAAAUCGACUUGAACGAGGUGGAGUUUGUUACGAUCCCCGAUAGAACAGAGUCGCCGGAUUCGUUGAUCGAAAAAGCAGAGGCUCAAGAAGAAGUUCGACCUGUGCCCAGUACCAGCUCAUCAAAUCCUCCACCAUCAGUUCGUCGCAAACGUCAAUCCACUAGUAGUGCCGUUGGUCAAUACCUGUCAGCUCGAGCCUUCCAAGAAAGCAGCCAUGUCAAGAGAACGGGAGAGAUGCGCACCGAGGCUGCCGAAGCUGAAAAGGAGCUGAACCUCUUAAUGCUGGAGACUGCCAAGGAGGAGAAGAUCCUUAGAAUCCGAAAGGCAGAGUCGCAGGCACGUGUGGCAGAGCUAGAAGUCGGGGUCCUCGAAAUCAAGAGAGACAUGCUCAAGAUGGAGAAAGAGCGAUGCCGGAUUGACCUUGAACUGGCUAAGCAGCGACUGAUCACCCGCCCUAAUUGAAAAAAUACCCUUUACAGAGUGCAUUCUCCAAUAAAACGGGGAUAUGUUAAAAAUAGUUGUUUAUUAUGAAAUCACGAACACGAAAUUGAUUUGUACGACCUUCAGGGUGAACUUCGACCAUAUCCUGGUCCUGCAAACGGUCUUGUAAUCCUUGCUCACUCAGACCAUGAGGCAAGGCUGGGUCGUACAGUUGUCUAUAAGAAAUGAGCAUGUUGUGUAGUACAACAGCGCUAGCAAUAAUGUUAGUGGUGUUCUGGAGUUUUCGACAACGGGACUCGUAUAACAGGGUCGGAAACCUCUUCUUAAGAAUCCCGAAGCAAUGUUCUAUCUUGAUUCGGCUUGUCUUUAGAGCCUGGUUGUAGAGCACCAUCUUUUGCCUUAGGUCAUCGUCAGUGGCUCGGGCAAGCUGUUGGCUUCUAACCAUGGUCAACAAGACAUCGGAACAUCCAUAACCUUCAUCUCCCAGAAUGAAUCUUGGUUUUUGAACGGAGAAGUUGUCCUCAAGUUGACAUCGAAGACGACUUUCAUUCCAGAUCCGAGCAUCGUGAGCAGAUCCAGCAUGACUAUUCGUAAAGUAUCGAAUCCGUUUUUGGUGAUCACAAACCAUCAUGCAAUUGAGG